CGGACUUCUGCGUUCACUGGUGAGCAUACAUCGAAUGGCGAUAUGGAGCGGAUGAGAGGCUGCUGCUGCGCGGUGUUCCAUCAGGCUUGCUGUGUAAAAACAGCACGCUGCUGGGCGAGGAAGAAAGGGGGGUGUUUUGCUCUGUUGGCAGCGGUUCAGGCGUCUCCAGUGGACACCUAAAGCGGGACUUGGCUCGGUGUAACUCUCACACUGGGACAUUCACACAAGAUGGCGAUGGAUUGGAGAGGCGGCUCUCUUGUAACUGCUACUGUUACUUUAAAAAAAAAAAAUCUAUAUAAAUAAAAAAAUAAAAAUCCUUGCACUUUUUUUUGUUGUUGCUGGAAAUCAAAGGGUUUACAUGGCGCUGGACGGUGUCUGCUUUCUCUGCCUCGCUUCUCUGACCCUCGCUGCUCUUCUGACCGCGCAAGAUAAAGCUUAUUCCCUGGAGCUGAGCUGCAGCGCUGGUCCAGUUCAUUUUGUUCUAGAACCCGCCCAAGAGCUGAUGCUGGACUGUAACCUGCCGGCUGUGGAGCAGCCCGCCCACAUCUCCUGGGAGAAGGACGGUGUGCCGGUGGUGAGUGAUGGGCUCCUGCAGGUGCUGCCCAACGGCUCCCUGUCCAUCCUGCAGGCCGUGCGCGAGGGCAGGGUCCCGGAGCGGCGGGGCAGUGCUGAGGGGAGCUACUCCUGCACCGUGAGCAGCUCAUUCGGGGCCAUCGCCAGCCGCACAGCCGUCAUCCGAGACUCCACUCUCUCCCGGUUCCUGCAGCACCCCGAGUCUCAGGUGGUGCAGCAGGGUGGCCUGGCGCGGUUCCAGUGCAGAAUUGACGGGCUCCCAGCGCCGCUCAUCACCUGGGAAAAAGACCAGACCCUCCUCCCCAACGAAGCCAGAUUCACCCCCCUCCCGAACGGUGUCCUGCAGAUUGUCAAUGUGCAGGAAGAGGAUGCGGGGUCGUACCACUGUGUGGCAGCGAACGCGGCUCGGACUCGCUACAGCCAGGACGCAGCGCUCACCGUCACUGAAGGUCCUCCAUCGGGGCAGGGGGACGUGGUGAUCAUCGCUGCCCCCAAAAACACGACGGUGGUGGCAGGGAAGACCGCGGUGAUGGAGUGCAUGGCCCAGGCAGACCCCACCCCCUUCGUGUCCUGGAUCCGGCAGGAUGGAAAGCCCAUUGCCACCGAUGCUGUAGUUCUGUCCACUAACCUUCUGAUUGCUGAUACCCAGUCCUACCACGCUGGGGUGUACGUCUGUCGAGCCAACAAGCCGAAGACCCGGCAGUUUGUGAAUGCUGCAGCCACGCUGCGAGUACUGGCUCCCCCGGUCAUUACGCAGUUGCCCGAAACCAUCUCUCGGACGCGGGCCAGCACGGGCCGCUUCGUGUGCAAGGCGUCUGGGGAGCCGGCCCCUGCCAUCACCUGGAUGAAGAACGGCCAGCCCAUCCACUCCAACGGGCGGGUGAAGAUUCAGAGCUCCGGCAGCCUGGUAAUCAACCAGAUCGGGGUGGAGGACUCCGGAUACUACCAGUGCAUCGCCGAGAACAACCUGGGCACAGCCUGCGCCACCGCCAGGCUCUCGGUCAUCGUCCGCGAGGGGCUUCCCAGCAACCCCCACAGCGUGUCGGCCUCCACCCUGUCCAGCACCGCCGUCCUGGUGACCUGGGAGCGGCCCGAGCACAACAGCGAACGGAUCAUCGGCUUCUCCCUGCACUACCAGAGGGCUGCAGGAGGCACGGAUAACGUGGAAAACCAGUUUGCAGUGAACAACGACACCACUGAGUUUCAGGUGAAAGACUUGGAGCCCAACACGAAUUAUACCUUCUACGUGGUGGCUUAUUCCCCGCUGGGCGCCAGUCGGAUGUCUAACUCGGUCACUGUCCACACCUCGGAGGAUGUCCCCAGUGCCCCGCCUCAGCUGUCCCUGUUGAGCACAACUCCGACCGACAUCCGCGUCAUGUGGUUCCCCCUCUCCGCAGAGCUGAGCCAGGGCAAGGUGACCAAGUACAGGAUCGACUACUGCACAGUGGAGGAGGUAGAUCAGAUCUAUUCCAUUGAAGUGGCUGGAAACGAAACGCAGGUCCCCCUUCAUUCACUGCACCCCAACAAGACGUACAAGGUGCGGAUUGCAGCGGGAACCAGCGCUGGCUUCGGAGACCCCUCUGAGUGGACACAACACCGGACCCCCGACAGGGACAACCAGACCAUGGUUCUCUUUGCUCCCCUGGAACUGAAGGUCAGGGCCAAGAUGGACUCCCUUCACGUCAUGUGGCAGCCGCCAUCCAAUCACGCGCAGAUCUCUGGAUACAAGCUGUAUUACCGGGAGGCGGAGCUUGAGAAUUUGGCCAAUGAAGAUCCGCCAGACUCUCCAAGAAAGGGGACCUGGGCCAGUUCACCCAUCAGGCUGAAAAAGAAAGUGAAGCAGUAUGAGAUCACUGGCCUAGCCCCUGACCGGCUCUAUGAAGUGAAGGUCAUGGCCUUCAGCAAGCACGAGGAUGGCUAUGCGGCUGUGUGGAAGGGCAGGACAGAGAGGGCACCGCUCACUAUGGGAGAGCCCCCGGUGCAGAAGGUCCCCCCUCUGCCCCCCAGCAGUGUGCAGGCUGUGUCCAACAGCUCCACCUCUAUCUGGCUCAGGUGGGAGAAACCGAGCUUCAGCACGGUGAAGAUCGUGAACUACACUGUGCGCUGCAAUCCCUGGGGUGUCAAAAAUGCCUCUCUAGUCUCCUAUUACAUCAGCUCUGAAGAGCAGAUCCUUCUCACCGGGCUCAAGCCCUACACUAAGUAUGAGCUGGCAGUCCAGUCCAACGCAGUGGGGGUGGACGGCCCCUUUAGCAAAGUGGUGGAGCAGUCGACCCUACCCGACAGGCCGUCCUCGCCCCCCUCAGAGCUGCAGCUGAGCCCCCUGGGCCCCCACUCUGUGCUGGUGCGCUGGCAGCCCCCCCUGGAGCCCAAUGGACUCAUUGUGGAGUACAUGGUCCUCUACAACUCCAACAGCACCCAGCCAGACAGCAUGUGGAGCUCGCUGUCCCGAGAGGGGAACAUCUUCAGCGCGGAGGUCAAGGGGCUGGAAAGCGGCACCAGGUAUUUCUUCAAGAUGGGUGCAAAGACGGUGAUGGGAGCCGGGCCCUAUUCACAGGUGAAGGAAGCACACGCCCUCCCGGAGAAACCUGAUAUCCUGGAUGUCCACUCAGUCACUGGGAUCAUCGUGGGGGUCUGUCUGGGGCUGCUCUGCAUUCUGCUGUGCAUGUGGGUCAGCUUCCGCACCAGCAAGCAGAGAGAGAUUCCCCAGGGCUCAGACUUGCACAGCUCCACCAGUCCCCACUCUCUGUACCGCAAGGGCCGGCCUGCCCCCGCCACCCAGCUGGAGUGCCACGACUGCCACGAGCUCGAGACGCUGAUGUCACCGUGGCCGGAGGACACCUCCCUGCCACUGACCGAAAUCACUGAGCUUACCGAGGAGCAAAGCCUCAUGGGAACCAGCCUGGCAGAAGACAGCCUCCACAUCGAGCUCAAGCCUGCAUGGAAUGGGUCGGUUAGUCGCAACUGGGCCAAUAACAUAACCAGCUACCGUGACACCAUCACAGAGGGAUCUCCGGCGGUGACUAACGGGGCGGUGGGUCCCCCGAGCGAGCCGGCCAUGGAGAGGCUGCUUCAGACACCGGCUCCAGAGUCCAACAAGAGUGAAGUGAAGAAUAAAGCCACACCAUUGGUGGGCACCCAUCAGAUGGAAGCGCUGGUCAUUGUGCAUUCAGAACUGUCCGAGUCUGACAGAAACGGGGCGGGCCCCGCGCAGUGCACACAGGGGCAUGAUGGGAAGGCCGUGGAGGAAGAGGAGAGCGACGUCCUAUUGACCAAUCAGAACACUGCCGACAGCAACGAGGCAGGCAGAGAGAGGGGCAGACCUGUCCUGCUGAGCCACAACAGGAAGGAGCCAGGAAAGCCGGAGUCGGGCGAUGCUCACGGCCUUCCCAACGGCUUCCACAGCAUCGAGGAACACAACUGCUCACUGCAGAACGGAGACACUGACUCGCUUCAGCAUGACAACAGGAACUGUCAGCCAGCAAAGUGCCAGCCUUUCCCCAGAGGCCCACAGGAGCACCCCCAGCAGUUUGUUAGCUCUGGUAUCAUAAACUCUACCUCAACAACCAACAACCACUUGUGUCCGUAACCACUGAAUGGGCAACUCAAAGUCACUUUGGUCUUGGGAGAGCUAGAAGGCAUGUGUCAUGUGUUUUGUUCUGUAGCGUCGUGACACCCACACAACCAUGCACAUUUUUAAUUGAUUGGAGCAGCCUACAUUUUCAAUUGUGAUUGCAGUCAGCACACAACACCAAGGCUUUGGGUGUGGAACAUAGAGGCAAAACUAUGAUGUAUUGCACUGCAGUUUUUGUCCGUCAUGAACAAACCUCCCAUUACGAUGGCGGAAUAUAGAAGUGCAGCCCCGUUUACGGCCCACACACAGUUCGGUUUUAUUAUAUGGUUUGUUUUAACCAAAGCCUGUAGAGAACAGGUGGUUUACCUGUACACCAACUACAGGUAGAUAUUAAUGUAUAUAUUACUUGCUUGAGUAAAAUUGACGCUUUUUAAUAUUACAUAGAAAUAGUCAAUAUUAUCACCCAAGUUAUUAUUAAUGCAUUACUUUAUUUAUUUAUUUGAAAAGCACCUAUCUCCAACGCUAGUAUUUCCUUAAUUUACAAUCUCCCUUAAAUCUUAUUACCUGUAUCCUGUAACAUCACCAAAGCCUGUCUUUAAUCCACAGUAACAAAAGACCAUCGCCAGUAAUUGCCACUCUCACUUGAAGGAAUUUGUUAAACUUUACGGGGUACACCCAUACAGUAGAGUACCUUUUGAAUCUAAACAAAGAUUGCAAUCUUCCUAAAGUGUGAAUUCCACAAUGCAUGUACGCAGUGACACGCUCUUCAGCUCGCCCAUGGUCACAAUGAGUUCAGUUGUCUCUGUGUACACAACCACAAUAACUCACAGUAGUGGCUGAAGCAGCAGCCCUUUAUUGCCCUCUAUGAGUGCCUCUUACAACUUUCACUACAGCGGAGCCUCUUCCAAGUUGUGGGUGAGGAACGGAGCCUGGACUUUGCAUUGGGUUCUAGUGCCUCGUAUUUUAGGUACAGCGUCAAUAUAUUUGUUUUCCUGGGAUUACUUUCUGUUUCAUUUUCUAAGGUCAAGUAAUGUGUGUGUUUUUAGAAUAGCAUUUUAAUACGUUCUCCUCUCUCUUUUUUUUUUUUCUCCCAGACAACAGAACUACCUCAUGUCUGUUAAGAAUAGUUUUACUCCUUUUUUGUAGUUCGAUACAGUUUUUAAAAUGAUGCACUGCCUUUCUUUUGAGACAACCUUUGCACUGGUUGUUAAAUGCCUUUUUCUCCCCCAUUUUAUGUAAUUUUGACUUCUUUCUUUCACUCCUGCUGUAUCCCAGAUAAACGGCCCUCAAAUGAGCAAUAACACCGUUAAAAGGAGCAGGAUGUAGAUUUGGAGUUAAAGACUGACAAAGAGAAAAGUUAUCGCUCGGCCCCUAACUUCUGCCUGUGAUCUCCUGACUGGCUCGUAAAUAAUGCCUGGGUAGUGACGGAAGGAGAAACGGUGGGCUUAUCCCACAAGGACCCCACCAAUGUUAUUAACAAGGGGCUUUUUCUUUUAAAUUGCUUGGAUGAGAGAGUGCAAAUCUCUGCCUUUUUUCAUGGCAAUAAAAGGAUUACUUUGUAGUGCCCCGGAUGGCACUUGCAUUGAUCUGUUAGCUGGAAACUGUCUUUGGGUUCCUUGGUUCCAAACUUGAAUUUUCAAUUGAAGUGAACAAUUUUUAGAGGUGCCAACCCAAACCUGUGGGACUCCCUGCUUCGUUUUUUGUUAGCGCACAUUACAGUAUUUAAGUUUUUUGUCGAUGUCGAGGAUUCAGGGUUCUCCCCAGGCCUGUUCAGCCAGGCGGAAUCGCAAAGGAUCAUGGGGUAAAUGGAGCAGCGUAGCCUGUGUAUGAAUCAGAGUGGAUUAUUAUUCAUUAUUCAAUUUCUCACGUGUGUGCGUGUGCGUGCCUAUGUGCGCGUGCGUGUGUGUAUAUUGCUGCUGUGCAGAACAAAUUACCAUUUGACCUUUUUUUAUUUUCUUUCCUGAACUCUAAUGAAUUAUUUAUAGGAAUAUGCAAAGAAAUUUAUAUAUUAGCCUCAUGUAAUGAUGAUCCGUAACUUAAAAAAAAUGAAAUUCUGAGGUAGGAAAAAAAACAAAAAACACUACAUUGUUUCAGCUGAUGCCUUCAUUAAUGCGAGGUAUCUGUUUCUACUUGUGUGGUGCAGAUACAGGGAUACUGUUGCUAAUUCAACUAUGAAUUCUGCUCGUCAUUAAUCUCUACAGCAUCAUUCUGCAUUAGCCACAACAUUAGUCAAGUUUCAUAGAAAAUUACCUUGUAAUCCAUCAUAAAACUAGGAUUUGAAUGAAGUCAGGCUAACGACAAAAGGCAAACUAGCACUUGUCCAUAUACACUAGCAGUAUUACUGGUAUGCACAGGAACUAGGGUGUCUGAACAUGGCUAUCUUGCAAUGUUCACGUAUGCUUUAAACAAGCAAAAAAAAAUAAAAUAAAUAACUACUGUUGAAUUGGGGUUAAAAUAAUCCUGAUGCUGAAAAAAGAAGAAAUGAGGGGACUGCAUCAGGUCAAGUAGUUGCAAGUUUGCAAGUUUGUGUGCAUACAGAACUUCAUUUUGGCAAUAUGAGUAUUUGAUUUGUAACAAUUACAGAUCGCAGUAUGCGACAGGAUUGAGAUAAUUACCCUAUACACGUAUGGGUAUUUUGGAGGUAUGCUAUUAGUUUUUAUAUUCACUGGAACAGGUACAGCCUUAAAUACUGUACUGCUAGUCUGGAGCAAUGGAAGCCUGAUCCAAUUUAAAUAUUUAAAUACCAGGCAUGGAGUAAAUGUGAUAACAAGCCAAACUAUCUGUCUAUCUAUCGAUUGAUCGAUCGAGGCGGUGCCUAAACUGCCCUGCUCAAGGGUGCAAGAGCUGGACAGUCCAGUCAAUGGCUUCAAAUACCUACUGACCUGCAAUUGAACAGUGUUUAUCAGCAAACAAUACAACCAUGCCUCUCAAUGCCAUGGAGACAUGCUUAUCUGACAGUGUUUGCUAUCUGAGCCUGCACAGAAUGAAGAACGAACUUUAACAAAAAACUAAAACCGCACAUUGCCAUGAAAUGCAUCGAUGCACAACCUCUUUAUGAAUGUGGUCCACCGUGCGCGUGCCUGCGUGUGCCUGCGUGUGCGUGUUACAGAACACCUGUCUGCAGAUUGUGGAUUAUGUAAUCUUACAUCUGAGUUACCAAAUACACACUACACCCCAUCUGCCUUUUCGAAGCUGAAAAGCAGAUCUGCUUUUAUUGUUUUCUUCAGGUAUGCAGCAUUCUGUAUUUUGAUAUUCCAAGUAGGAUACCUGGUUUCUCGGGUUUAGAUUUUCUUACUGUUUUAAUAAUUUGUGUUAUUAAUUUUAUUGAGUAACCCUGCACAUUUAAAUACCUUUUCUAAAACUGGGAAAACUAAAAUCUCACCUGGGUUUCCUGUAGGGAAUAAACUGUUGUAAAGAAGAAAAAAAACACUAUGAAAAAGCUUGACCUCUGCAAUAGAAAUGACAAGGUGCACCCAGUGUUUAAUAUACAUGACUAAGAUCCUGCGGUAACACCUCUUGUACACUACCUGUAUAGAACACUGUAUAGAAUACUAUAACCAAGUAUACUGCACAGCUUGUAUAUACCACACAACCUGUAUCGAAUGUGCACAGAUUCUCCUCAAAUGAGUAAAAGGGGGUGCUUUAUAUUGUUGAAAAUGAUGUCACGUCAUUACCUCUGUAUAAAAUGCAAGUAGCGUAGAAAAAAAGUGUUUGGUUCUUUAGCUUCAGUUGCAGCUAUGUUGGAAAGUUUGGGACUGAAAACGUUUACCCAUAAUACUAAAUUCUGUGGCUGAACAUUUACAGUAUUUACCUCCAAUGUCAAUGGAGGCUGAGUCGAUUGAGAAGUGUGGUUGUGACAAAGUUACAGUGGAGAAAUUAUGUGUUUUGACUUUUAAAAUCCAGUAUCGUAAUUACGCUAAAACAAAAUGAACUGUAUAAUAAGAGAAAUAUGCUUUGAAUUUAAUGCGUUUUGGUCAGUUGUCAGUUGGUGUCUUGUUUUACUGUUGGCUCUAAAUUACACCUGCAUAUAAAGGCAGUACUGCCUGUAGCUCUGGCUGAGUCAUCCGAUCAGGAGCUCGCUGGUUCCAAUCCAGGUCCUACAGAGUUUCCGAUACUGGCUGGGGGCUUUCAGUGACCCCUACUGUUCAGACUUGCUAGGCAGAGCCUCCAGCGUUCAGUAUCUUGGUAACAUCUGUUGCGCUGGUUGGUUGGGUGAGUGGAAAGAGGCCGCUGGUGGGCAUUUCAAAUUGGGUAUAGAAACGGAGGUGGGAUUGAUCGUACACAGCUGCUCAUUCUCUCAUUGUCUGUAAUUGUCCCCCGCCGGCACUGUAUUUGAAAGCUUGUUUGCUUGCCUGGCGAAGAGCUGAAGCCUGAGAUCAAAGUGUCUGUUCAGUGGAGCUGAUCAUACCUGUGCCUGGUAAUAAAACCUGCUGCAUUUGAAAUGCUACUCCUGAAUGUAGAUGUGUAUUUUUACCUGUAAACAUCAGUUCCGGUGCCCCCAGAGCAGUGCGUUCUAUUCAGACGGAUGAUUUCAUGUUUUCAAAAGAAUUCUCUUAUUUCAAGUGUUCAAGUACGGUCUGUUUAUGGGUCUGUAUAUUUAAUGGCGCUAGAUUUUUACAGUGUUUCGCAGAUAAGAAUCCUCUUAGUACUGUAGAUGCGCUUCGAGUCACCCCACACUCUGGAUUGUAAGUACUUCCAGUUUUUUUUUUUUUUUUUAUAAUAUAUUCUGUAUAUUUCAAAAGCUGCUGUAUUUGUAUUUUAUCAGGUACUUUCCAUGACUAAUACAAUUAACAUGAUUGUACUUUCUGCAGUGUGUGUCACUCAGCAGAACCUCAAACACAACAUGGUUUCUAAUGUUUUAGAAACUUCUCAAUUAAAGGUGGACGAAUGUGAAUUUCUUAUACUUAUUGUAUGAUUUUUUAAUGUGAAAAAGGUGGAUUGUUUUUCAUUACUGGCCCUCUGUUCUUGCAGCAUGUUAUUGAAUUGCUUUAUUUGAAGUACAUUUUUUGUCAUGAUGUGCUCUACAGGAAGUGACAUCAUGCUCAGCCCUGCUACUCUUCAGGUACAGAGAUGGAAGGAAAUGUUACAGGAUGAAUGAAUUGCUUCUGAUGUUGUUCAUAUUUUGAAUCUCGUGUGCCACUGCUCCUUUUUAAACUGAACACUUUGAACUGUCAAGCUGUGAAACGCAUACACACAUUGGGUACUGAGUGCAGCCACUGGGUUACUGUAAAUAAAUAUUGUAAUAAAGAUUCAAGAGGCAGUCCUGCACGUGCGAUGGGCCGGCAUGCUUUGGUUCCUCUACUUCCUUGCUAAA